AUGUCCCAUUCUUAUUACAAGGAAUUAUGGCUCAUCACGCGAAACGACUUAGACAAGUUGAUAGAGUUGGAUCGAAGAUUGCAACAGCAAACACGUACGAGAAAUAUAGAACACGGCUUGAAUCUACUGCUUCCUACAUAUCUUAGAUACCGUAAUCUGGUGAAGAGACUGAUAGUUUGCCACGAUCAAAUGGUACAAACGCAAAAACGAGACCUGAUAAAACGAGUUCUGGAUUGCACGGUCGGCCGAAUGCUGGAAUACAAACAAGCGAUCGUUAACUUGAACUACAACGAUUAUCAAUGGCCCGACGAUUUUAUGAAUGAGUUAAAAUAUACGCCUGACGAUGUGGAGAUUCUCGUGUCCGCAGUUGGCAAGGAUAUCAUACAGCAACGCAGGGAACGUAUCCAGAAGUUGAUAGAAGACGCUUACAAAAGUUACAUACUAACUUUUUGGCGAAAUGGAGCAUUUACUAAAACAGUCUAAUUUUAUUUUAAACGUUAACAGAGGAGGAAGAAGUCGAGAGCAAAGGCCUUUCUGCGGUGGAUGUAAUCGAAUCCGUGGAAAGCUCACCAAAAUUGCGAAGAAGGAAA